CUUGGUAUUUUAUGUUUUCAUUAUUCAAAAUGAAACCAUCUAUAUCUGUAUCUCCAGGCAUCUCAACAAUCAAGAGGACUGGCUCAAACUCUCUUUGCUUGAACAUCUGAGCCCAGUGGGGACAAGAAGGGGGAGAAAAGCUUUACAGCACAACCACAACAGAAAAAAGUUCCCCCCACCAAAAACCGCUGCUGCCUCCCCCGGGUGACUGCUCGUUUCCAAUGGGGGAGAGAACACAGAGUGGCAAAUAUAAACAGCGGGACGGCUGUGUUGAGGGAAAUUACCUCCCUGAACCGCUGGCACGUGGCCAGCAAGAAGACAUUCAUCUGUUUCGUAUCGAGUCUGGCUCGCAAGAUGAAGGGGUGGGUGAAGUGGGGGGUGGAUGAGACGGCGAAUGAGACAGGACAGAGUGCGAGUCGACUGCAGACUGCGAAGCAGAGCCGGCGAGAGAGGGAGGCAGCGGGGCCGCAACAUCUGAAAGUUUUAAACCUGUGAUCGCUUCAGGUGAUGCAAAGCAAACUUGGAGUUCCUUCCAGCAUGUGGAGGGAAAGCCAAGUCGGCAUCAUGGAUCGCUACAGUCUGGGACAGAUUUAACUGCUGCGGCAGGGCGUUCGGCUUCAUUCUUACGUGGAAAACGUUGCAGUAAAAGGAAGCAAUAAAAGCUGUGGAAGAAUAUACAUAGAAAGCCAAGAUUGAAAUGCAUUUGGCUUUGAGCUGCAGCUUGGGAAGAUACUUGAGGGACUGAGAUGCAAAAGGAGCUCAUCAAGCACCGAGCUGGGAAAAAGUGGAUGACGGGAGAAUCGGCUGCGUGGGAAAGCGAGGACCUCUGUGAUCGUCUUGCUGUGGAAGUUCUGCUCGUGAUGGGAUUAUUCCAGCUCCGGAGUUUACUGCAGCGGCCCUGCUAACUUCGCACCCUGAAUCUUUCAGCCAUCGUCAUUUCAAAGACUUGUCAUUCUGCUCACGGGACGAUGCAUGUUGUGCACCGGCCCUGAGCGGCCCCAGGACACCCUGCGCCUUCGCCUGCGGGACCCAGUGACCAUGCUGACCGAGCGUCUGACAGCAGAGAGAUCAGAGCCACCGCCCACGCUCAGGCCUGCCGCGGCAUCAGCAGCAACAUGUUUCACCAGCUCAAUAACAGUUCAGAUGCAGACGAGGAGCCUGCGGCUCAGCUGAGAUGGGCUGCCCUCCUCAUCGUCAUGGUGAUCAUCCCCACCAUAGGGGGAAACAUUCUGGUUAUUCUGGCCGUGUCGCUAGAAAGAAAGCUACAAAACGCCACCAACUACUUCCUGAUGUCGCUCGCGGUCGCCGACCUGCUGGUGGGACUUCUAGUGAUGCCCAUCGCACUCGUCACUAUUCUCUAUAACUCUAGGUGGCCUCUUCCAGACUUUCUCUGCCCAAUCUGGCUCUUCCUUGAUGUGCUCUUCUCUACAGCGUCCAUUAUGCACCUCUGUGCCAUCUCACUGGAUCGCUACAUCGCCAUCAAGAAGCCGAUUCAACACAGCCAAUACAAAUCCAGAGCCAAAGCCCUGGCCAAGAUCGCACUCGUUUGGCUCAUAUCCAUCUGUAUUGCAAUCCCAAUCCCGAUAAAAGGGCUGAAGAAUCUUCACGACAAGAACAUCACCUUCAACAGUAAUCACACAUGCCUGCUGAAACCAAACACUUUCUCAGAGUUCAUCAUCUUUGGCUCCCUGACAGCAUUCUUCAUCCCUUUGACCAUCAUGAUGAUCAUCUACCUUCUCACCGUGCAAGUGUUGCGCAAAAAGGUUUAUUUGCUGCGGUCAAAGGUGACCCAGCGCUUCAGCUCCUCACCGAUCUCCACAGUUUUCCAAAGUGACCCGGCCUUAGCUUCUCCUCAAGCUGAGCAAAUGAACAUGUUGGAUAUCAGACUUCCCAGGCAUCCAGAAAAACCAAACGCGGACGUGAUGACCGCUCCCACGGAGAAGGAAAUAUCCUUCCGCAGAAUGUCGACGAUGGGCAAGAAGUCAAUGCAGACUCUGAGCAACGAGCAGCGUGCCUCCAAGGUGCUGGGCAUAGUCUUCCUCCUGUUUGUCGUCAUGUGGUGCCCGUUCUUCAUCACAAACAUCACCUCGGCUCUGUGCUCCAGCUGCGUUGAGAAGGUUAUUUCCCGUCUGAUGGAGAUCUUUGUCUGGGUUGGUUACGUGUCAUCUGGGAUCAAUCCCCUGGUCUACACACUUUUCAAUAAAACCUUCAGGGAAGCUUUCACGCGCUACAUCACCUGCAACUACAAAAACUACCCUAGAGACAGGCUGGGACGGCAGCUUGGCUCGACCGCUGCAGACUGGAACCUUACAAGCAUUUCGUUUAAAUCUUCCAUGGCAGAGAACUCAAAACUGUUCAUGAAGCGGGGAAUGAAGAACGGCAUUGGACGAGUGAGCUACCAAAGUCCACUACGGUGCCAGCAGGCUGUGCAGUCACCAGGCGGAGUUCUGCUAAAUACAAUUCUUUUGACUGAAAAUGAAGAUUUUAAGCAGGAAGAACAUGUGAGCUGUGUAUGAAUACAUACACAGAUGAUGUGGCUUGGUUUGAUGCAUAUUCAAAAUCAAAAGACAAAGGCUUUCCCAAAAUAUAAAAAAACAAAGAUUGGAGUCUGCAUCUAUGUGACAUUAAUGAUGAGGCAACAAAACCUACAUUUCCUUGCAAAAGUUUUACAACCCCUUUAACAUUUUGUCAUAGAGUAGUGCGUAAUUAUGAAAUGAAAGAAAAAAAGUUUACAUACUUUUACUAAAUGUUUUACAAAUUAAGAUAUAUAUAAAAAAAAAGGCCAGGACAUUGACUGGGGCAUCUUAACGAACAUAAUUUGAUCUACACCUCAGGCUGUAUCCUCAGACAUAGUUGAGUCCCUCAGGUUUAUCCUGCAAUUAGCACCAUCUACUUUCAAAUCCACAUUCCUGUUCCUAAGACGUUUUCCCAAAGCAAGCAUGGUGCUACCACUACCAUGUUUCACCCUGAGGAUGGUGUGUUUGGGGAGAUGUAUCGUCUCUGGCAUGAAAAGUCAACAUUCAUUCGUCUCAUUUGACCAGAGCGCCAAUUUGUUGGAAUUGAUUUAAUUUAGGGGCAUCAUUUCCUACAACUUUAUAAUGAUCAAUUUAAUCUUUAUCACAUUAAAAAUCCUCAAUACAGUGCAUUAAAUUUUGAGAAUAUAAAUUGACAAAAAAAAAAUCUCAGGGGUUUGAAAACGUUUGCAAGUCGGUGUUUCUUGUUGCAUCAUCUUUGCAGCGGGCCUUUAAACACAGGUUAUUUUUUACCAUGUAAUUUGUUGAUAUACUUGAAGAGAAAGCUUCAGUUUCCAGACAGUACUCAGAAAAGAGCUGAAAAAAAGCUGCAACUGUUUCACUGAGCAAGCAGAAAGUGUUGAAUAGGAACCCAUUUAGGCCAAAAGACGUGACAACCUGGGAAAAACUCUGAAUGCUGUAUAUAAUAAUAUAUUCCUCUGCUGAUCCUUAAAUUUGGACUGUCUAAAUAUGCUGUAAACCCUCUCAGACCACAUGCUUACAUUUUAAAACAAUAUGAAUCUCUUCUGUAAAGGGCAAAUUCUUUGAACUCUUGAUACUUUUUAAAUUUGCUGAAUGAAUGGGAGGUUCUCCUGUAUGUGUAUUGCAGCCUGCUGGUUUGAAAUGUUAAAAAUGGUUUUGGAAUGGAAGUGUGUACAUAUGAACGAACAGAGAUAAAAUGGAUUCUGAAUGUUCUUUAAUAAAAAACACCUUUGUUUUACCAUCUUAUAAAGCAAAAACUGCCCAAAGCACAACGAGAUGCCAAGAUACUGCCUUCUGAAAAAUGACUAAAUAAAUAAAAGUUUGAGGGGAAUAGAAACACAGUCUGGCAGCAGUUCCAGUGUGUAUAGACUUAAAGUGCAACAGCAUUAGGACUGGUCGAUAUUCGAGCGAGAAGUGAUUCUUAUAGUAUUGAUACAUAAUGCGAUAAGGAUAUCAGUUGUGACAUUUGUCCACUUUCUUCUUUCCUCUGUUUCUCAUAUGUGCUUCCUGCACUCUCUGACCUUUAGCCUUUUGGGCAACGUCAGUGUCCUGUGAGAGCGUCUGCUGCUGUGAGGACGUCCAACUGACUAAAUAUUACAUUAGCAUAAGAAAAUGCAUGUUCAUAACACUUGGGAUGUAUUAGCCAACCAGUAUUGCUCUCCAAACAGCAUUCUCCAGAAUCAGUACUGCAUACAUUAAUAUAUCCGCAAUAUACUGUGCAACCAUACAUGUAUUCAACUGCAGCUAAUUUGUAUUCAUACAUCAGAUGACAACAUUUUUCAGGGGCAAAAACAAUUCAAACAUAUAAACACUUCUAGUUUAGAUUAAACUCAGCCUAAUUGAGAAAAUAGGAUUAACGAGAAAGAAAUGCCAAGUUUACAGAGGUAAAAACAAAGCAGCAGAAGAAGAAAGUGUGAUCGAGGUUUAUUUUUACUUAGGCCUCCGACUCCUUUCAAGAGCUCCAUUUAUUUAUAAUGAAAGAGAGAAACACGGUAGACUCAAACUUGCAGUUGACCUGAUUGCCUGGUUGUGCACAUGACUAGAUGAGUCAUUGGGGUUGGAAAAGUGUGGACUAAGUGUAAUCCUGUGGUUCAUGAGUCUUUCUAAACAAAGGAGAUUUAUGGAGGGUUUUUCAAGCAAUUGAUCACAUACACCAUUCAGAGCCUUUUUUGGACUUCAGUGUGUACACACUGAUUUUUAUUUGACAUGCCAUUAAACAAUGCUUGGAUUUAAUGAUAAAAUUCAUAAUAAUGUAAGAAAGAAACGCAUAUAUAAAUACAAUGCCUGGCAAAGGUAUUCACACUCUUUAAUACUUCCACUAUUUUCUGCAUUGUGACUGUCACAAUACACACAAUGCAAACCCUGAAUGUAUUUCAUUGGGAUUUCAGUGUGUACACACUGAUUUUAUGUGAUAGAUCUACAAAAUAUCAUGUGUAAUUGUGAAGUGAACGAAAAAUGACAGCUUGUUUCCAAAUUUCAUCAAAUAAAUAUCUUCAAACUGUGCCGAGCAUAAAUGUUUAUCUCCAUAACAGCUGCAGGUCUUUAGCAGUAUGUCUUGACCAGCUUUCAACACCUAUAGUCUAAAUGUGUCCUUAAUAAAAUGGCUCCAGCUCAGCUAAAUGGAGAGCCCCCAAACCACAGUUUUCAUGCCUUUUCAUAGAUUCUCUCAGCAUGAUGCUGCCACCGCCAAGUUUUACCAUAGGGAUUGUUGCUGUGCAGGUUUUCUGCAAUA